AUGGUCGAAGCAUCAUUCGACCUUGAAAAAAAUUAUACCCUUAAACCGCUCGAACAAUCGAAUAUGUCGAUGGUUGUCUUUUUAUCAUGGGCAGCAACUAUAGCCACUGUUGGAUUUUUUUUCUCUGGAAUGUAAGUACAUGAAGAUUACGACGUAAGGUUAUUCUAUUAAAUUUGUAUUAGCUUUAGCUUACCGAGUCAGUGUACCAUAAUAUCUCGUCAAAUUUGUUUUUAAAAAUUCUUGACGAAAGCUUAGAGUUUUCCAUGUGACUCCCUUAUAGGUGUUCUCUCCUUCCCGAAUGUCGAGUCCAUGUUUGAAAAUAAGUAAUACGUAAUAGGCGUAACUUUGAAAGUGUUUGUUAGGUCACAAAUAUUUGGCGAGGUCGAUCUUGGUUUGAGGUAUAGGUUGUAUAAAGCUUCAAAAGUUACAAGCUUGGUUUUUUAGUGUUAAUUCGAUGAAACAGUUCGGAAAAGACUUUAGAGAGUUUUUGGGAAAUUUAACUUGUUAAAAGAAAACUCUCUCAUACUGUUAGAACUUCUACUUCACUUCUAGCAUGAAAACAGACUGAGUAAUAUCUGUAAUGUACACGUGUAUUACUAUAAUUAUGCAUGCGACAGCGUUGGGAGUGAGUAUCUAAUUUAUUCUGAACUUGUUCGGUGCAUCAACUAAACGCUUUUAUGAUGAAAUAGUUUUGUUGUUGAUGAAAAACGUGUAAGGAAGGCACAGAAGCAGUACUCUAAUCACUAUCAUUUUUGGAUUUUGAGGAAAAUGGGCUAUUUUUUAUUUACUUAUGCACUGAAAAAUUUAAAAGUUGGUUCUGUCUUGGAGAUUUGCACCCUGCUAGCAGAGCAUUUGUUUGACUUGCUCUAAUAUGGCGUACUUGAGAAAGACUCUGCGUGAAUCAAGUAAGAUCCAGUUGUUUAAAUAGAUUAUUGUGAUAAUCACCACAUCACAAGUGUUGGGCAAAGAAAAAUCUUGGUUCCCCAACAGGACUUGCACAAAUGACUUCCCAACCACUAGGCAGGUGCUGUACUGAGCUAUGGGGAGAAUCAUGGAGAGCAAGGCCGUAUACUGGGUUCAUAUUUGUGACACAUGUCAUGCACUCCUUUCAUUUUGAUGGCCUGAAGAGAUUUUUCUGAAGAAGAAUGACCUUGCUUUGCAUGAUUGCUUCCAUAUUUAACUUUAAACAGUAAUAUAGGUUAACUGGUUGAUACAGGUUUGACAAAACUAAGAGUUUUACAAGAAUAUGAAGAUGGUUAAAUUAGAGCUAAAUAUCUAUCCCAUGAUAAAUUGACCUCAAAGUGUUUUUACCUCUUGUGCUUAAAGAAAGGAAAAGACUAGCAAUUGCCAUGCACAGUGUAUCUAUUACACUAGUAUGGACUACAUCUUGUCAAAGUGACUAUUUAACAAUUAUUCCUCGAGCCUGAAUGGGCUCUGAGUCAAUAGCCCAUGAGGCCAAAGGCCAAAUGGGCUAUUGACUCAGAGGCCAUGAGUGCGAGAGGAAUAAUUGUUUUAGUAAAAUCCAACUAGUUGGUCAAAAAAUAUCGAGACAAAACAACUUUAGCAGUUGAAGCUAGACUUUAAUCCUUUUUUGCUGCCAAAAAGUUGGCCCUUCGUGCUACUAGUGUCGUAUAAGGUAUAGCCUAGUAGUAGCUCAACCAAUCAGAAUGCAGCAUUGAUAAUAGACCACUAGUUGGAUUUUACUAAUAACUAAUAGAGGUGAAGGCAGUAAAAAAUAAUUUGUUGGAACCUCAGAAAAGGUAUGUGUAACAAUCGACAGCUUAUUAGAUGUGAAUGCUUAAUACAGGUCAGUUUAACAGUAAUUAGGGAAACUAUUUCUGGAACAUUACAGUGAUUGCCUUAGUAGAGGGUGGCUGCUUAAUAAGAGUUUGACUGUAAAUAUUUUUUUACUUGUUUUACUUUUCUUGAUUAGAUUAACCUGUAAAAAGAUUGUUGUAAAUGCAAGUACUGAAAAUGUUCCCCUCCUGCCAUUUGUUACAACUUUUUUCAAGUAAGUGAACUUAACAUAUCAAGACAUAUAGAUUAUAAGUGCCUCAGAAAAUAAAAUAUAAAUAGUUCCACUCUAUAAACAAGGUUUUGAAAUCAGCUUCAAUCGUCGUUUGUUUCCAUUCGCUGCAUUGACUUUGCAUAAUGUCUCCAUAGAAAAAUAUCGCAUUAAACAAAAGGCAAAUUUGAGACCAAUAAUAAUUUAUUGCUGAGAAAAUCGCACUGGUAAUACGUGGGGUGGCGGGAUCCUGCACUUUUUUAUUAGAGGGGUCCAAACUUGAGCUGACCCUUAACAUUUCCACCUAUUUGAAUCUUAUUCUAGCUUUUAAACAUUUGAGGGCCCUCAGUUUAUUAACAUUUCCAGUCUGAUGGGUAAAUCUGGGGGUAUGAAUCCUCCUUUACAUUCAACAUCCAUCCCGAAUCCUCCCUAUAUUCAUCACUAAUAUCACAAUCACAAUAUCAGAAACCAGUUAAAGUUCAGUCUAUGCAUGUUAUUGAAAAAAGUCAUAGUGGACUGAAUUGUUACAGCCUCCCAUGCAGACGUUCUUUUGGCUCGUCAGGCAAUCCUCCAGGAACAUGUGAUGAACCCCUAAGAAUGACGUCGUGGGAGGCUAGAAUAGUUACAGUUACCUCUUGUUUAACAUUGUACAUGUAUGUUAUUUGACUUUCAGUUGUUUGAUGUGGACAAGUUAUGGCAUUCUUAAAGACCCUGCUUUAAUCCUUGUUAAUGUGAUUGGAAUGCUGACUCAAGUUGCUUACAUGCUCUGCUUUUUUCUUUACUGUAAAAACAAGGUAUUUAUUUAUACAUAGGAAUAAAUAAGUUACUAUGCACCCUCUGAUCAGCAUGGAGGUGUGUUUCAUGAACACAGUUGUGAUGUUCAAUCUUUUGUGUUUCAAAUACGUGUUUGUGAUCGGUGGAAUAUUUUGGGCAGUGAUCAAAAAGAGUUUGUGUGUAGACUACCUCAAUUUCAAAAUUUCAUUUAAUGUGUGGCAGAGAGUGUACAGUGUAUCAAAAUGUUGAUUUUGGCAAACAAGACAAAAAUGUACUUCGCCUGCGUUACAGCCAGCCCGUGCAUCAUCCAGACAAUAAGUAAGUUGCGACAAUUGCUUUAUCAAAAAGUACAAUCUAUUUACUUAAAAAAACUGCCCCUACACCCUGUAAAGUGAAUUUGUCAGGUCAGCAAACAGCCAAGAUUUAUCAGCAAUUGCACUUGUAUGCAUUUGCCAUGUUAAAUUUGAUGCCUGACUAGCCCCAGGUCAAAAAAUGGUCAGGGAAAAAAAUCUACAAGAUCAGUGAACAUUCAGGGAAUUUUUUCUCGAAGUCAGGGAAAAUUUAAGUCUUUGAAAGAAGUCAGGGGGAGAACUGAAAUACAUACAUGUAUCUUUCCUUUUCCCUCCACUUUUAUUGUUGUCUAACAUUUAAAAUUCUUUUUACAUUUUACAGACAUGAAUCAUAUUGUAUCGGUAGAAUAUUGUUCAUAAAAAUUGAGCGAUAAGCUUAUGUUGGGUUUUCAAGAAAAUCAAUCCUUUUUGCCACGUUAUGCUAAGUAACUAUCAAUUCACGCACACUGCAUGUGAAUUACUGAAACCAUAAAUAAAUGGAAGGAGAGGAUGGCUGUGAGAGGAGUGUUCAGUCCAUUAUCAGGAAUAAUUUGUGAAAAUGUUAAUUCAGCUUGUCAGGGAAAUUUUAGAUUUUUUAGGAAAAUGUCAGGGUAUUUUAGAAACCUCUUGCUGUGGCAACCAUAUCUUACAUGUGCAUGUAGUCAUGCCUCUACACGUACACCACUAUAGUGAGUGCAGAGUGUUCCUGUUGAAUAUGAUCACUGCCAACUAUCCGGACUGUCGCCAAGAUUUUGCAUUGAGUUGCUUUAAGAAGGAGCUUCAGUUCAUGAAAUCGUGGUCUAACAUGUGCAAAAUUUGUUUCUGUCAUCUCUACCCUUUUCCAGUGUACGAAAGUAAAUGCCCAGGAAAAUAAAUUUAGCAAAGGUCCCUUUCACCGUAAUGAUGGCCAGGCCAGCCUAAUUAACUGUUUGUAACAGGAAGUUAAUGGCGCUGAACUCAGUGAAACAUUUCGUGUACAGAUAACGUUUUCUAAGGUUAACUUCUUUUUUAUAUUUUCUUCUCUCUUUUUAAGGGUAAGGAAUUGGGCAGUAUUAUAUAUGCAGCAAUUGCUGCGGCUUGUUUGUACAUAUACCUGAUGCAUCUAGUCACGGAAGAGGCAACAAGGGUCUCGCAUCUCGGACUUCUCUGUGCAAUUGUUACGAUUAUAAUGCAAGCUUCACCCCUUGCAGAUGUGGUAUGUGUAUAUAUUAAUGGUGUUAUAUUUGUGCACGAGUGCACAAAAAGAAAAAAAAAAAGAAAAAAAUUGAACCAACGGUAAACUAAACCACAACGUAUUAUUAAGAGAAAGUUCUGUGGAGCCCUGUUGGUGUGAACCUUUCAACCAAAUUUGGGCAAUUUCGCUAAAAGCUGAUAGAACCGUUGUUGUACCCCUGAAAGUGUAUUUGGUCCGUUUUCUAAGUCUAACCGCCCUGGUCUUAUCUAAUCUAAUUUUUCCAUUCCCAUUUUCUGUGCCACCAAGAAAGAGUAAUGGGACAGAGGGGAUAUGAAGGUGUUGGCCAGGAUAUGUGAAUUUCACUUCAGAUAUUUUUAGAGCAUGUAAAUAAACGGAAGUAGCCUGGGACUUCCUCACAUUUUAAUCGAUUGUUUGAAACGUCAUCAAGUCCACUCGCGACCCGGCGUUUUCCCCUCUGUCACACCAUUCUCUCACAUCAUAUUCUUGGAAAGUUUCACCCCCAUUUAUAGGAUAGAUAAUAUAUCGUGAGUACGUCGCGUGCUCCCCCAAUUUUGACAUGGUGUGUGACACGCUCACACCCCCCCCCCCCGCCCCCCGUUUUCCCCCCUCGCAACCCUCUCCUCCCCCAAUUAUUUUUGGAAAUUUUCCCCCCCCAUUUCCCCCCCCCCCCCCCCCCAAAAAAAAGAAAAAGUGAGUA